CGCGUCACUGUCUCAUGUGACCCACACCACCCAUUCAUCUUCAUCAUCCGCUUGCAAAGCAAUGGACUUCGAAGCACUGGCGGCGGAAUGCCGCAGUGCUGCCUUCCGGUACGCUUCUCUGGCGAAUGACUUCGCAACAUAACUACCUUUCUCAAAUAGAAUCGUUGGCUGCAUCACCAGUAUGGACACAGGCCGCUGAGACGAUCGCUGACUAUGUGCAGCAGCUAAAGACACAGAUUUUGUCCGCGGAAACUGUUGUGACUACUGGGGACGAUGCGGAGGACGCAGGUGCCGCGGUUGAGGACGACGACGGAUUGGGCUAUACAUUCCGCGUGAAUGGCAAGAAUCCGACUGCCGAAUCUCUGCAGGAAGACUUCUCGCCACCCAAGCCUGUUGUGGCUAAUAUCGCCCGCGCUUCUAGUCAAGUUGGAGCUGUGACAGCGGCGUUCCGCUUCUUGCGCAAUGCUUGCGCUGCGUGCAGUGCCAACCAGGAUGCGUGCCGGGAUGCCGGACUUAUCAAACUGGCGCAUGACGUUGUGGUAAAUUGCUGUCUGUGGGCGGACGUCGAGGACGAGACAUUGAAAGGUCGUGUUGUACUUCUAGCCCAAGUCGCGCUCCAGUUUUGCGUUAAUGCAGUCACCAGUAACACGACCAGCCAGGCGACAGCAUGGGAGCUGUUCUUCCCCGACGAUUUUCAGAAAAUACUGGUGGAGUGCCACGAGUAUCGUAAAGUGGUUGCUUUUGCUGUGGCGCUGAUCCUCAAUUGCGUCAACUCAAAUAGCACCGAUGGCUCUGAAAUCGAGGAAGUUUCCGCUCGUCGUGUCGACCUGAUAUGCGCUCGCAAUUUGGUGAUCACGAUUCUCCAUCGCUGCAUGGCAAAGCCUCCGAAGUUAGAGUCUAAUGCGUCGUUAUCAAGUGAACUGCGCAUCGAUGAUGAGGACCCCGCGUUCGAGUGGAUCUGUACGUUGUUUGGAGUGCUGUUCCGCGACAGUCGCGCCAAAGACCUUUACAACGCUGUGGGUGCGCACAUGCUGAGCAAACUUUGGUCUCGAGUGACUCCGGAGCAACUGAUUCUGCUACGGAUGUUCACGAUGUGGGCUGUCUCGUCACCCAAGACAUCGCUGCCAGCAACCAUUCAAGAAGAGACUAGCAAAAAUCAGCCACUUCCCGAAGGAACGUUUGAGUUUGUGAAGAGUACGUGGGCGUAUAUCAUCACUGUCGGUGAUGAAGACAGACCGGAAGAAGUGGACGAGAUCAGGAAGAAAGUGUGGUGUGAACUUGAAAACGAAGCCAAACUGAUGCUGCUCGAUGUACUUGGAGAGUUGACAGUUGGUAACACCAGAAUUAACGCCGAGGGGGCUCGAGAAGUACUACUGUCACUGCUUCAGGAGCUGCAGCGUGUCUGGGAGCUUGGGCGCCAGAGCACUACAACUAGAAACACUAGGGCUGCGGGUUCGACGAUGCAGACACAAGCAACCGGGGAGCCGUUCGGGUACAGGUCUGGCUUGAUCCGCGUCAUCGGCAACCUGAGCUUCCGGCAUACAGACCACCAGGAUCUCGUACGUGAGGAAGGUUACCUACCUUUGUUUUUGAACCACUGUAACAUUGACGAGACAAACCCAAUGAUCCGAGAAUGGUCAUUGGUCGCUCUUCGCAAUCUGUGUGAGGGCAACGAAGCCAACCAAUCGUAUAUCAACGCUCUGCGGCCACAAGGAAUGGAUGCAGCCUCGAAUGCUGCGCUUGACAAAGCAAAGAUGCAAGCGGAUAUUGGGGUAGAUGGUAAAGUCAAAUUGACGAACAAGGAGGAGUAAUGUGGUGACGCAUAGAACUCUCCAGUUAUCGCUUUACUUGUACCACUUACUCAUUCUUCGCGGCUUAUUGUUUAAGCGGUUUCCAGAAAUCUCUUUCUUGAUUCGUGCUGUCUGUAACUGUAAGCACGCUGUUUGCAAUCGAAUGGAUGCGACUUUAUUCGAUGGGUCUAGUUGCAAACUCUUUUCGAAAUCCUUGAUCGCGGCAGA